GUCGAGCGCGGCUCCGCUCAUCCAUAUUCGCGUCAAAGCCGCACCCGGCGUGGCGUGGCGCGGUGCGUUACGUUUGCUCGCGUUACGGUGCGGUACAAUGUGUUGCGAUGUCGUGUGAUGCAGUAGAGCAAAGCGCACUUAAAUCUUAUCAAGAUAUCUUAUGUCGUUAGUCGUUACUACACUACAAGCGCAUUAACAACACGAGCGCAAGAUUGUUGGCGCUGGAUUGGCGCUGGAUUGGCGCUAGAUCGACGCUGGAUCGGCGCGGUACCCAGAGAGCGUAUCGAGCACGUUGAAGUGCGUUACGAUUCGUACGGAUGAGUCGAUCGGUCGAUCUUUCUCGGGCGGUUCGUGCGAAGCGCGAGAAGAAAAAGAGCGCGUCUCGCGCUUACGUCGUUCUUGUGUCGUCGUCUUCGUCUCCGUCGCCGUCUCCGUGCCGUCACCGUCUCGUCGUAUCGUGUGCGGAUAAACGCGCGCGCGCACGUCUUCGCUUAGCUGCACCUUGCUCGCGUGAGACAAAAAGAGGAUCGACGACGCGUCGAAUAGUAGCGAGCAAAAGUACAAACGAAAGAAAGGAAAGAAGGAAGGAGUAGAGUUCGUGCGUCUUGCAAGACAAGGAAGAUUCGAGGUAAUUUCAGCUUGAUCAACGCACCGAUCAUACCACGGUAGUAAGGAGCGCGCGACAGAGGAGCUCCGGGUUACGCGCUCUUUAUCGACGUUCUCCAGACUUUUCGAGCACUCGCUCCUGAUUUUAGAGCACCUAACGUAUGCAAAAAUGUAUAUGCCCGAGCACCGGCAAUAUUACGUAUCAUGUGGUACAUAAAGAUACAUACGCACCUACGUAUAAUAUACACAUGCAUAUAUAUAUAUAGAUAUUAUAUACAUAUAUAUAUAUAGAUAUAGAUAUAUAUGUAUGUAUGUAUACUGCACGACACACUCGUCGUGUAGACACAUAUAUGCGCGCUCUUACACAGGAAUAUACCAGUACGUAAAUGCACGUUUAUGUAGAUUUGUCCGUGGAACCCGAACGCGUUGCGACGUUUGUAGGUGUGCGGCGCGCGCUCUGCCUGCGCGUCGUUUGCAACUACGACCGUGGGCCGCUGGCAAUCGUUCUUGCGACGCGCGUGAGAGAAGAUCGUUGUUCGUUCGCUCCUUCUUUCGUUCUCUCAUUUCUUCGUUCACCGUUCUUUCGUCAACCCAUUUAUUCAAUUUCCCGGUUGCUCAGGAAACGUAUUAUCAGUUGCAAAACGCAAAACUAAUCGACACCGUGAGAAUAAAAGACAGAGAGAAAGAGAGAGUAGGAGAAGAGAGGUAGCGCGAAGAACGAGGCGCGAUCGUGGCGCGCCGAUGAUACGAGACGGUGCGUGGACCGACGACGUGCGGACAGAGACGACCGCGCGCAACCGAGAUUCUUUCUUUGCUCACGUCGCCCCCGGCGUGACUUACCGAGGACACUAUAUACGUAUGCGCGAGAGUAAAACGCGUGUUGUGCGGCCGAAAGAUCGAGUGGAAACACUGUCCCUUUUACGAGAGCACAACCCUCCUUCUUGAAACUUUUAAUGCCGAAAAAAGAAGAAAGAGAGAGAGAGAGGGAUUAAGAGAAGGUGGAAAUACAAGAGAAGACAGGGAAGAUAGAGGUAAUAGAAAAAAAAAAAAAAAAACAGAUAUUAUUCGGCGAACACGUACGUCUUCCUUCGCGCAUUCUUUCGGGUUGCUAAGUUCGUCGUGUUUGCGCUGCUAAAGGAAGGGACAAAGUACGGAAAGAAAAAAAGAAAAAGACUUCGUUCGAAAGUGCCCUUCAACGCGCGAUCCAACGUAACGAGCUAACUGACUUUCGUAGAGAAUAUCAUCGGCUAUCGGUCGUAUCCGUCUUUCUCCCUCCCUCGUACAGCGCGCGGCAGCGGUCUCCGGCUUGCGCGCGCGCGCGGGCUACGGACGAAGGGCGCGAGCGGUGCUUGCGAUUCGAAAACUCCUUCGAGGAUCGACCAUGCGUACGAGCGAGCGACGAGCGAUCGCUUGCGAGAUCCCGUAGGAGUAGGAGAAAGAGGAAGAGUAGGAGGAAGAGGAAGAGGUAGAGGUGGAGUUGGAGUUGGAGAAGGAGGAGGACGACGGCGACGACGACGACAACGUCGAGAGAAAGAGAGGGGGAGAAAGAGAAGAGAAUCGGCACGAGUAUAGCGGAGAAGUGAGGAGAAGCAAAGUGCCGCUUCGCGCGUUCGAACGAGCUACGGACUUUGCUACGCUAUUGAACUUCGUUGAUCGUCGCAAUCGAUGUCGCUUUUUUGGUCGCAUCGAACCGAGUUGUGCUCUGCGCGUUUCACACGUUUCUUCGAGAUUUACGCUUUCUUUUUUUGCCUUCGCCUUCGCCUUCGAUUCGUCGACGAGCAGCGACACUCUUGGACUUUUUCAUCUGUCGGACUACUUUUCUCUUGUUUUCUCGUUCUCGCGGCACGUUGACGGUAUAACGUUGCGCACGUCGAUCUAACGAACGAGGAGCUACUACGCGAGACAGAUCUCGAGUUCAAGAAGAGACAUUGCACGACCGCUGCGACAUUAUUCAACGACCUUGUUUCUUGUGCUUGUCUUUAUGCAGUCUUAGGGAAUACGUUAUCAUGAAGAGAACGGAAAAGAUUUUAACUUGGUUGUUCGCGCGAGGAUGAUCCGAUGCAGGCGCGCGAAUCCGCACGAGUGAGAGACAGUAAAAGGGAGAUAGAUAGAUAGAUAGAGAGAGAGAGAGAGAGAGAGAGAGAGAGAGAGAGAGAGAGAGAGAGAGAGAAAGCGAUAGGGGUGGGGGGAAAGGUCGAAGCGCGAAUACGCGUGCGGCCGGACAAAAAACGCGCGUAGAGCUCUGAACCUAAAGAUAAUACGCGGAAGCCGACGGGAUCGAGCAGCUCUUUGUAACCCUUGAUAUCGCUAAGUGAUAUAAGAAAAUAACUUUUACAGAGGUGUAAGAGAAGACGUGCACGUCGUCGUUACCUUCAAGAAGACGAACGUGCGCGGUAAAGAGUGUAAAAUAAAGCGAGUGAACGAGGAAGGAAAAGUAAAGUAGAGAGAGAGAGAGAGAAAAAGAGAGAGAGAGAGAGAGAGAGAGAGGGAGAGAGAAACAGAGAGAAAAAGAGAGAAAGAGAGAGCAAAGGGUGGUAACAGCGCGACGCGGAAGGAUGCAGCAGCACCGGGUGGAAACGCAAAUCCGUCACGAGGAGCAGAUCCUGGAGGCGAUAGAUCAGUUGCGCCGACGUAAGGCGCGUCCCGAUGCCGAUCGUAUUUGUAACUACCUGCUUCGAAAGUUCUCGGUAGACGUGCGAGAUACGAUUGCUGAUCUUCAUCGCUUAAUCGAGGCUGAGAAGGUUAUACAGGUCGAUUAUAAAGGCAAUACAAGUUAUAGAAACGCGUCCAAGUGGUCGCGUUUACAACUUUACAAAAAUCGACCGGAAGGCUUCGUAAAGGAGAAACUGAAUUCGGGGAUGGUGGCUGGCGCGGUUGCCGAGCUCGUCGUCGAGGAACCGGAUUACCUUGAUCAAGGUGUGCCGGCUUAUAGAUUGGUCGAGCAGCUGCUCGACGGUGUUUCGAAUCCUACCUCUAGACGUAUGGUUGAGGAUUUCCUCGGGAAAGAAGUUGCGAGCGGGAAUUUAACGCGUCUCUCUAACGGUAAUUAUUCGCUGGUGGCGACAUCCGACAUGACGACUGCAACCGAAUCGACGCAUCGUGAGACCUUCACCCUUGAGAAUAUCGAAAAUGGUAACAUCAGGCGUAAGGACUCACAAACGGUAUCUUCGACCACUAGUGGCCCUUAUGAUUUCGAUGAGACAGAGAAUUUGACUAUCGCCGAUUCGGCUUCGAACACACCGAGGUCCUCGCGUCAAGCGAGUCCGAAGCCAGAAGCGUCGAGCAAGAAGGAAGAAUGUUUCGAUAUUCUCCUUACCAAAAAUCAAGAUCGUACCGAAGAAACCUCUCUCGAUGGCGAUCGAACAAAGGAAUCCGAAGAUCCACUAGCUAAUGUCGACGAACGUAAGGACGACGUCAAAAGUACGGACAAUCAGUGCCAUAACCUCAAAAGGUCCUCCAAAUCGGAACGUAAGCAACGCCUACUCGUCAGGACAGAUGAUCCUAUGGACAUAGAGAUCAAGUUCGAAGAGUUUCGCAAAGACAAUAAAGAAGAAUCUUCCACGCAAAAAGAAAAGAGAGAAGACAACGAACAUUUUAGCGAAGAUCGCGACGACGAAGAUGCUGGUAGGAGUUCUACGAACCCUUCCCCCACACCAUCCAACGUCAACGUAGGUGGUUUCCGUAGUGCUCGUAGAAAGACCAUUUUCCAGAGAGCAAAAAAAGUCUUCGACCCAUCCGAUAACAACCUUGUAAGGCGGAAACGUGGCAGACAAUCUGGUACUCAAAAUAAAACUGCUACGAUUCAAGAGCCUCAAGAAACUGUUAAACCACCGAUUAAAGAUGGACCUUGUAGACAAUGCAGUCUUUGCGCUAAAGAAAAACAAGAAGCAUUAGUUGCUUGUCGAGAUUGUACAGUAAGAGCCCAUCCAAGUUGCAUUUAUACUGCAGAAGAAAUAAUUCAUAAGGCUGGUAGUAAUUGGCAAUGUGAACGUUGUAAGACUUGUACCAUAUGUUGUGAAACUUCAGAUGCUGGACCAUUGAUUACCUGUUACUCUUGUGAUGAAGCAUAUCAUCAUUGUUGCCAUUCACCACGUGUUAUAAAUCCAAAAUCAAAUUUAAGGUGGCAAUGUAAUGAUUGCGUUCAAAAGCAACAAAAAACGAACAACAAUCAAACUGUUAGCAUUGUUUCUACACGACCUGAUACACCAUCAAGUACACCUGUAUUACCACCUGUUUUAAGCCCCCAAGUGUCGCCUGCUCGCGCAUCUUCUGAUCAAAUGGAAGACGAUGCUACUAAAGAUGGAAUCGAUCCAAAUAUCCCUGAUGCUUCGGACUGGACAUCUGAGCAAGUAUAUCAAUACUUUGCCAGACUAUUUCCAAAAGAAGCAGAAGUAUUCAGGCAACAAGAUAUAGAUGGUCAUUCUCUUUUAUUGAUGAAAAGAUCGGACGUGUUAAGUGGACUUGAUUUGCUCUUAGGUCCAGCACUAAAAAUUUAUAGACACGUUUUAAAGCUUCAAGUUAGACGGGAUGAUCCGAAGCUUUAUUGGUUGUAAAUUUAUUUUAAUAUUUUAAGAAAAGUAUUAUCGGUACAUGUUAAUGCUCACUAUAUGUUGUACAGAUCAAUUUUCUUAACUUUACACAUUCUACGUUAAUAUCUUUUUCAAUUCUAGAUAUUUUUUCAUAUUAUGUAUAUUGUGAUAAUCGGAAUUGGAAAAGUGAUAACGUCUGAAAAAUUUAAAAAACCUAAUACAUAAUAUAGAGAUUGUUUAUAUAAUUAGAGCGGAAAAACAGUUCUCUUUGUUACACUAUAGCAUCUCUGUUUAAAAGAUGCUUACCUUCAUAAGUCGUAUGCUAUAUACUUCCGUUCUAUAUCGUACAGCAAGGGUUUUAAAGACUUUAUUCUGUUUAAAUAAUGUAGUAAAUUUACAGACAGGGCCAGUCUUAUAAGAAAAUUGUCUUAUGGUAAUAUUACAUAGUUUUUAUUUUUGUUACAAUACAUAGUAAGAUACAUAUUUAGCAUCUUUUCGAUACUCUAUUUAAGGAACGUCGAUAUAUUAAUUUCAGAUAUAUCUUCCUGUAUAAUAAAUGUUUUGAUAUCUA